CUGAGGCACUGGAGCCGCCGCGCCGCGCGCGGCGCGCAUCGCGCGGCCCGCGGGAAAGCCAGGGCCGGCGGCCGCACCGAGCUCCGCGCCUCUCACUCCCACCGCUCCGCGCCUCCUUACUCGCGUGCUCUGCGCGCCCUUCUGCCGCCUCUAGGCAUGCUGCCAAUCACUCUCUCACCUGCAGAGGGUCACUACGUCCUCACUCUGUGCACCACCCUUGACUAUAGGCUCGCGUAUGAGUGCGCAGUCGCCUCGUGGAUCGCGGUCGCGCCGCAGGCGCGCACGCUGCGGCGGGACCGCUGCAUCGACAUGAGUGCCGCAUCGACGCUCUACGACGCCAGCACGAGCGUGUUCUACCGCCUACGAGCGCUUGCUCUCGUGACCAUCGACCACGACCUCCAACCUGCGCAGUUUGAGCGCUUCACCGGUCUUGCUGACCUCGAGGACCACCAUCUCAAGGCCAUGAGAGCCGCCACGGUCGGCGAUGGCGAGGACAGGCGGCCGGACCACACGUUCAUUCACAGGCAUGCAUACGCCCUGGAGCCGGCCGCGCUCAAGCUGUCGUCUCAGGCGCUUGCAGUCGACGCAACGCGCAAGCACGCUGCAGCAAUCACGGCGCCAGCAGGCAGCGGCCGCGCACCCGGCCGACAGGCGGCAGUAAAGAAGGCCUCUGCACCCGCGCCGGCGGCCCGGUCCACGCACAGCACACGAGGAGCAGCUGUGUCCCGGCCCGGUCGCACCUCAGCAGCAGUGGCCACACGCAAGAACGCAGCGGCAGGUCGAAGCAAGGCAGCGACGUGCGCACCGGCGGGCAACGUCUCCAGCGCCUCGCUGACGAGCGAGGGCGAGCGCACGACGCGCUCGCCCAGCGCAGAAGCGUCAGGCGACGAUCACGACGACGACAGCGAAGGCGACGACAGCGACACUGGUCCCAGCAGCGACGAGCGGCGCUCUGCCGGCACAAAGCGCGCGCGCGGCGCAGACAGCUCCGACGGGCGCAGCGACGGCGAGACGGGAGAUUCUAGCACUGAGAUGGCUGUCCCAGACGCGCGCAAACGGCAGCGCACUCGCGCAUUGCCGUCGCCGCGCACUGCCACCGACGUGGCAAAGCGGACGUCUGCGCGGACGGCCGCAUCCAGUGCGGCGCGCUCUUCUGGACCCGACGGUGCCUCGCCGUCCAAGACGCCCAAGGCCAAGGCGGAGCCGAUCAUCCGGGCCGCUGCUGCACGCACCGGUAUGGCGCAGCCUGCUGCAUCGUCCGCGGCCACGCAGCCUGCUGCAUCGUCCGCGGCCACGCAGCCCGCCGCCGCGUCAUCUGCAAAGCCGUCGGUCGCCAUGUCCUCUGCGCACGAACCAAGUCUCUCGUCGCGCUACCGCAUGCGCACUGGCAGCACGUCGACGCCGUCCUACCACAGCAUCCUCCAGCACAUGCGUGUGCCGGCCGACGAGGAGCCGGAGGGGCAUGGCGCGGUGGUACGCGCCGAGAAUCUUGCCCGCAUGCUCGGCUCUCUAGAGCAGCUGUGUGCAGCUGUGGCUGCACGGCGCUCGGAGAAUGGCACACACGUGGCAAUCAGUGCGGCAACAGCGGAGGAGCGCAUGCGGGCUUGCUAUCACGCCUUCGACGCUCAGGCGCGGCGCGAGAGUGCACACCCGCCACAGACGCAGGACGCAGCAGUCGCACAGCAGCUGGAGUCUCUGAGUGCCACCGGCGGCCUUGCGCGCUCCGUCAAGGAGAUUGUGAUGCGGCUGGUCAUUGCCGCCGAGGUGGAGCGCGAACACCGCCAUCAUCGAGAGCACAGCGCAGGCCGAUGGAACCGCGACGACGUGCUGGAGCGCUUCCGUGCGCCUGGCAGCACGAUGAACCUGAAGCGGACGGGCACUGAGGCGCACAACAUGGCUCGGAUGGUGGUAGCGUCUGGUGAGGCCUGUCGCUGUCCUGGGCCCUGUGCAUGUGCCGGCUGACACACGACCUGCAGGCCAUCUGUCAAUGGCGCUGCUGCUGGCUGUGGCAUGGCAUGCUGGCCUGACAAGCGUGUGGUGGACGUCGCUGCACCACUCGUACAUGACCGCAUGGCUGGAGAAUGGCGGCGAUCUUGACGCCAUAGGCGCGGCAGGUGUCGAGUUCCAGAUCUUACUGCGGCAGCAGUCGCGCGC